AUGGUUCAGUCCUGUGCUGCCUAUAAUUGUACCCAAAGGUACAGGAAAGGCAUUAAAUUCCAUAGAUUUCCAACCGAUGAGGCACUUAAGGGGAAAUGGAUUGCGGCUAUACGUCCAGAUUUUGCCCCUUCGAAAUAUUCAGUGAUAUGUGGGAAUCAUUUUCUAGACAGCGAUUAUUCCUUAAAUCCCCAUGGAAAUUUAGUGCUGAAUAAAGACGCAGUACCGUCUCUAUUUCCGUUUCUUAGCAAAAAGCCUCUAAGAUUCUUAAAAAGGCGUUUUAUUUCCAUUGAUACUCCUAAGACAUCUCAAGGAUCGGAUUUUGGUGAAAACUCCAUGGAAAAACAAACCGAAUUGUCCACAAUGGAACAGUGUGAACAAGAGGAAGAGCCGAGAACGAUUACAAAUAGAUUGCCACAAAAGAAUCGACAAAUAAGAGAUGUUUGGAUAAAUAAUAUGAACAUGAAAAAUUGGGUACCGACGGCGAAUAGUAGGCUGUGUUCAAAACAUUUUGUAAAGGAUUCAAUUUACACUGUUGGCUCAAAAACCUGCCUACGGAAUGAUGCUGUACCCACAAUAUUUGAAAAAAUGCAGCCGAAUGUGGAGUUAAAGAUGGAAACUACCGAGAAUUCUGAGGAUUCUUGCGAACAUAUAAUAGUGAAGUAUUCCGAUACUGAACCUAUUACCACAACACAUAUCAAAGAAGAAGUAGAAGAAGAAGAUUGUGGGGUUUUAUCCGAACAUAUAAUAGUCGACUAUAGUGACAUUAUGAAUACCGAUAGUAUUAAAAAGGAAGGUAUUGAAGAACGACUGAAUGGCUCUUCAGAAAAUGAAUCGACUGCAUGUAUAAUACCCAUUUAUGAGAAGCAAGAGGAAGAUAUAAAAUUUGCCACUACGGAAGAAUUACGAAGGCGCCUCCACAAAGAACUUGUAAAAAACAAGGAAAAGUCAAACAAGAUUCGUGUUUUGGGACAAAAAUUGAAACGUUAUAAACACCGAAUUAUGUCGUUGCAAAAAACACUGCGGAAAUUAAAAACAAACGAAGUACGUAGAGCUGCAGCUGUUAACAGACGAGAAGGGGGCCCUAGAAGAGCCCAAAUCGUCAGAAACCGAGGUGUCAGGUUACGAGCAAACGCUCACCAGGAAUUAGAGGAUGAUGAAGAUCAGGAGGGGGACAAUGAAGUCGAAAACGAAGUGGAACUUCCCGAUGGGAAAAUAGGCGCGAAGAAAAGGGCGAAAUUGGAGGCGAAAGCCGAGAAAAAGGCCGCAAGAAAAUCCGAAGAAAUAAGCCGAGCAGAGAAAAAGAAGAAAGAAGCACAGCUAGAGGAAGAACGAAAGAAGCAGGAGGAAAGGGAAAAGGCUGAAGAAAAGAGAUUAGAAGAGGAGCGUAAGAAAGCGAAGGAAGAACAAGAAAGACGGGAGCACGAAGAAUACCUAAAAAUGAAGGAAGCCUUCGCGGUGGAGGAAGAAGGCUUCGAGGAAGGUGAAGGAGACAGUCAGAAUUUGCUGCAAGAAUUCGUUAAUUACAUAAAAAACAACAAAGUAGUCGUAAUAGAAGAUUUAGCGGCGCAUUUUAAGCUGAAAACCCAAGCAGCUAUAGACAGGAUAAAAGAUCUACAGCAAGACGACAUUCUAACUGGCGUGAUCGACGAUAGAGGAAAAUUCAUUUAUGUGUCACAAGAAGAAAUGGAAGCCGUUGCCAAAUUUAUCAAACAAAGAGGACGAGUUUCCAUUUCGGAAUUGGCGGAAAAUAGUAAUACUUUGAUCAAUUUGGUUCCGAAAUCCGGACUAAUAGCGAAAUGA